ACAGAGGAUCAAACCCAGCUAUGUAGUAGUUGUUUCCUCCAUGAUAUAUCGUAGCAGCAGUAUCAUUGGGUUUAUCAACUGUUCUUGUGAAUCAUAAGGAGUGGGAAUUGAGCCAAACAUCAAAAUAGCAUACAAAGAUAUUUUUAUUCUCAAGUGUCGUGCGUUUAGUAGUAAAAAAUGUUUGCAUAUACUUCGGACCAAGCAAUAGAAGAACAGCAUGUUGGUUUCCAGCUCUCUCUCUCUCUCUCUCUCUCUCUCUCUCUCUCUCUCUCUCUCUCUCUCUCUCUCUCUCUCUCUCUAUGCGUAUAUAUUACAUAUAUUUGCAGAAAGAAGUAAAGAAGCUAUGAUGAGGAUUGAGAGAUGGAGACGGUAACACACCUUAAUCGACGCCUUACAUUGUCGUUGGGCACUAGUACGUGCACUUUACUGAAACAUGGGCACUGUCGAAGGGUUGCGACUCGUCCAAGCGACUCAGAACUGAGCUAUCAGAUACGUCAACACUAGACGCAAACAAGAACGAAAAGGAAACGAAGAAAGAACCACAGCGUGAAGGGGGAAGAAAUCAUCCAUGGCGAUUGCUGGUUGGUGGAUGCAUACGGAGUAGGAGCACAUGGGAAGACCAAGUAAACAAAUGGGCUUCCACCUGCCUGGAAGAACACUGUCUCCUAUUGCCUGCCUAUAUAUGACAAGACAUAAAUAGAAGAAGAAGAAGAAGAAGAAGAAGAAGAAGAAGAAGAAGAAGAAGAAGAAGAAGAAGAAGAAGAAGAAGAAGAAGAGCUUGAGAGUUGCAAGUCCAUUGGACUGCAGCAACUUGGAGAAGAAAACUGGUUCGAAGAGCCAGAUGGAUGGCAAAGAAUGCAAAGGUUUAACGAAGGAGGGUUCCCCAUGUCCUGAGAGCUUUCCAUCUCUUUUUAGGUACAUUGCAACCAGAUCAUUUGCUGAUUUUGAUAUCACUCACAGUCCUGGAGGAGAUCUUGCAUUUACUAAAGUGCGAGAAGCUAUCAGUGACAACAUUCAGGCCAAAAAGCUCAGCAUUUCCUCACCAACUUCACCGAUUCAGAUGAUUGAGCACUAUCAUGUGCAUUCUAUUUCCAUCAGCAUGCCUGCAUCACCUUCUGCAUUUGAUAGAGAACGUUCCACGGGAAUUCUUCACAGUGAAAAAGGCGGAUCAUAUACUACUAAGGGGAAGAUAAACCAUCCCAUUAGUGCUACUGCUGGCCCGCAGCAACAAAAUCGGUCAAAGUUUCACUCUCAGCCUAUACCGAUUGGAAAUUCCCACACAAACACAUCUCCAGAAAUAAAGAUUCUAGAUUCUCUGGGGUGCCAACAGCAAAUAUCACAGAACAGUAGAAUUAAGGACAAACACUAUGAAUCUUUUAAGACAUGGUCUGGCAAACUUGAAAGGCAGAUAUCUAACCUACGAGGGAAACCACAGGAACCAGAGGAGGUAACUGAUGCAAAGAAUGCUAAACCAGAGGCUGUACCAGCGGUCGGCCGCUACUUUGAUGCCUUAGAAGGGCCUGAACUGGACAAGCUUAAGGCAUCAGAGGAGCUUAUUCUUCCCAAAGACAAAAAGUGGCCUUUUCUUCUUCGUUUCCAAGUGUCCUCCUUUGGUAUGUGCCUUGGCAUCAGCAGCCAAGCUAUCCUGUGGAAGACAUUGGCUACAUCACCAUCCAUGACUUUUCUACAUGUAAGCCCGACCAUCAAUCUCACUCUAUGGUGUAUCUCACUUGCACUAAUGGGCCUUGUGUCUGCCAUCUAUAUGCUGAAGAUCAUAUUCUACUUUGAAGCGGUACGCCGAGAGUAUUACCAUCCUGUACGAGUUAAUUUCUUCUUCGCUCCAUGGAUAACCUGUCUCUUCUUAGCAAUUGGUGCGCCUCCCUCAGUUGCCGUCAAGCUGCAUGCUGAGCUUUGGUAUGUGCUAAUGGCUCCAAUAUUCUGCCUUGAACUAAAAAUCUAUGGCCAAUGGAUGUCUGGAGGGCAACGCAGGCUAUCAAGAGUGGCAAAUCCUUCAAACCACCUAUCAAUUGUCGGUAAUUUUGUAGGGGCUCUGCUGGGUGCAUCUUUGGGUCUUAAAGAAGGCCCCAUCUUCUUCUUUGCCGUUGGGCUAGCGCACUACACUGUACUCUUUGUGACCUUAUACCAGAGGCUUCCAACAAACGAAACACUACCAAAGGAGCUUCAUCCAGUUUUCUUUUUAUUCGUAGCAGCACCUAGUGUUGCCUGCAUGGCAUGGGCCAAGAUUACUGGCAACUUUGGUUACUGCUCGAAGAUUGCCUACUUCACUGCGCUAUUCCUUUAUGCAUCUCUUGCUGUACGGAUUAAUUUCUUCCGAGGCUUCAGGUUCUCGCUAGCUUGGUGGGCUUAUACCUUCCCGAUGACAGGAGCGUCCGUAGCAACCAUUAGAUACUCAGCUGAAGUCAAGAACACAUUUACUCGGACACUAUCAAUUGUGCUCACUGCCAUCUCUACCCUAACAGUAGCGGUUAUGCUUGUUUCAACGAUCAUUCAUGCCUUCGUCCUGCAUGAUCUUUUCCCUAAUGACAUCUCCAUUGCCAUCACCGAAAGAAGAGUGAAAGGGAGCAAGGGACGCAUGCAUACGGUAACAUCGAGCUCAGAUACCGUGGACUCAGAAGCUUGUGCAGCAUCAAAAGUGGAAGGCCACUUGCAUCUGCCUGCUUCAUCCGGUUUCAAGAUAUCGUCCACCACGUUCUUAUACUGAAACCGAUGACGGCAUCAACAUGAUUAUUUACUUAAUGGUGUUUCUUUGGUGAUGAAUGAGAUGUAGUGUGGAACA